AUGUCCGAGACUCCAGCCACCAACGCCCCGAAGCCCUUUACGAUCUCCGUUCUAGAUGAGGGGCUUCAAGAGCUUCGCCAGCGCCUGUCCUGGGCCAAGUUCCCUUCCCAGCUCGAGUCUCCUGAUCAGGAUGCCUGGGACUUUGGGGUCCCUUCGAGAGACGUCCAACGACUCACAAACUACUGGAAGGAUGGCUUUGACUGGCGGAAGGCCGAAGCAAGCUUGAACGAGCUACCACAAUACGAGACCAAAAUCGACAUUGAUGGGCCAGAGUUUGGCGGCGCAACUUACGUCUCCUCAGUCGUUCAUCAAAUCAGCCCAACGAAAAAUGCGAUUCCUCUGCUUUUCAGUCAUGGAUGGCCUGGCUCAUUCAUCGAGGUGAUCAAACUCCUACCUUUGCUGAAAGGUGGUGAUGGGCAUCCGGCAUUCCACGUCGUGGCACCUUCUCUGCCCAACUUCGGCUUUUCUUCCGGGGUCACUCGACGUGGAUUUGGGCUCGCGCAGUAUGCCGAAGUUUUGCAUAAACUCAUGAUCAAGCUGGGAUACGACGAUUAUGUUACCCAAGGUGGGGAUUGGGGCUACUGGAUCACCAGAAGUGUUGGCUUUCUUUACCCUGGAAGCUGCAAAGCUUCUCACGUGAACAUGAUUGAAGCGAAACCGCCAAAGUGGAGCACGAGCCCAUUUUUAGCCUUACAGCACGCUCUGCAACCAUACUCGGCCGCAGAAAAGGCUGGUCGUCGACGCGCCGAAUGGUUCGAUCGAGAGGGAUACGGCUACAACAAGCUUCAGAGCACCAAGCCACAAACCAUCGGCGCCGCGCUAGCCGACAGUCCGGUCGCAUUGCUAGCCUGGAUCUAUGAGAAGCUUCAUGACUGGACAGAUUCAUAUCCAUGGACCGACGAUGAGAUCCUGACGUGGGUAUCGAUCUAUUGGUUCUCCAGGGCAGGACCUGAGGCCAGUGUUCGUAUCUACUACGAGAGCUUCCACUCAGAGUCCGUGAAAGGGAUCUCUUAUGCUAAGCUCAUGUCCUACAUUCCUGGCGUGAAGCUUGGUCUAGCCCAUCUACCGUGCGAGAUCGCUGCUGCACCAUCGACAUGGGCCGCGACGCUGGGUCCAGUAGUGUGGCAGAGCCGACACGAGCGUGGAGGUCAUUUCGCUGCCUGGGAAGUCCCAGAUGUUAUUGUGGGUGAUCUGCGCGCGAUGCUCAGGAAAGGAGGACCAUGCCACGGGGUGAUACCCGGCCGAAAGGGUUACUGA